AUGAAGUCGUGGAGUGAGUUGCACAACUGUAACUGGUACUGGCUAGCUAGCCAGUCAGGCAGUCUGGGAUUAGUUGUGGAUGAUAACGAUACCAGUAGCAUGUCGCGGUCAACCAGUGCGUCAUGUUUUGGAUUAGAAACACAACAGCUCUUUCGUACCUGGCUGACAGUGAAGCAAUUCAGCAUUAAGGAAAGCUACCGGUAUACAUACGUCAGGAAGAACUUGGCGAAAGGGGCUCUGCUGAACUCCUCAACAAGCAAGGACUUGGCUCGACGGGCAUUAGCUACAUGUCGGAGCACCCAGACCGCCAACCAGCGUUUUCUUCAAGUUGGGGCAGUAGCAAGACCCGACAUCUUUCUCUUUUCCUCCGAGGAGAACAAGCAAAAGUGUUGCUACAUACAGCCCAAGGAAGCAUGGUUUCGAUUGAAUUCCGCGGGCGGUUGGAUGCCAGCUACCUGGCUAGGGGGUCUUUUCAAAACUUUGGGCCAAAUCUAA